AUGGGGACCUGUUUGGAACUUUUUCCAGAGUGUACAGUAGAUGCCCAGCCAGCCCAGCAGGCGGUGUGUAAGGUCAGGACAGAGGUCAUGGAGGUCACCAGAGCCAUGUUGACCGACAACGCCAACUUCCUGUUGUGGCCGCCGUGUGUGGAGGUGCAGCGCUGCUCUGGCUGCUGUAACACCAGAAUGUUACACGUUACGGUUACUCAGACACGAUAUCUACAGGUAACAAGGAUCCAGUACAUCGAUAAGAGACCCCACUACGACAAGGCGGUGAUCUCAGUGGAAGACCACGCCUCCUGCCGCUGCCAGACACACCCCUCGGCCACAGCUGCAGCCAGGUCCACCUCCCUCCCCCCUCCUCCCCCCCGACUCACACCCAAACCCCCCUCCCUCUCCAAGGAAGACCUCCAUCGCCAUGACAAUAUGAAGGCCAAUCAGAGGUUCCAUGUGGAUGACAGGGGGCAGCUGGAGAGACAGUGGCAGGACAAGUACACCCUGUCACACACACAGCCACGGACACACACACAGACACACACAAUGGCAGGGGCAGGGACGCAGGUAGGGACACACACACAGACACACCCAAUGGCAGGGUCAGGGACGCAGGUAGAGACACACACAGACACACACACACAGAUGGGUCCCUCUCAUGAGCUCCCUAUAGGGCAUGGCAGUGGGUAUGAGGGGGGGAGAGGGGAGGAGAGAGGGUCACAAACACCCCACCGCACACACACUGACACACAGCCCAACACAGGAGAGAGGCAACCCAUUGACAACACAGAGAGGACACAGGAGAUAGGAAGACAGCAACAACUACAACAGUACUACCAACAACAACAGUAUCUACAACAACAGCGACAAUAUCAACAACAACAACAUCAACAACAUCAACAACAACAGUACCAACCAUACAGCCAAGAGCCAGAGCUCAGGACUCAAUACAAACACAACGCUCCCCAAUCCGACAGCAGCGGACCACCUGACACAAAACAACCGGCCAAUCACAAACCAGAACUGGUCCACAGCAACACAGAACCGACCGAUGAUAAUGACUCAAGCACAGAGGUGGCCAAUAGAGACUCUCUAAAGGAUACAGAGGUCACCAGUCAGGGACAGGCAGUGACAGAAGUGACCAAUCACGGAAAGGAGGACGAUAAAGAGCGACACAGCCAGACAGAGCUGUCCAAUCAGGAACAAAAACACUCAGAGUCGACCAAUCAGGGUGACUCUGUCACAGAGGAGGAGAGCAGGAAGAAACUUCUAGAACUCUUACAGAGAGAACUGGGCCAGAAACAACAGCAUCAUCCUCCUCAUCCUCAUCUUCCUCAUCAAGACCAUCAUCAUCCUCACCAUCGUCAGUCUCGAACACAAACCACCACCACACAAAGACCAGUGCCCCCCACGUUGUCCUCCAGCAUGGCCCCAGGGUGGUCCCCCAGCACCCCGUCCCCUCCCCCCAAGCCCCCGCAAGGCCCAUUCAGACUGGCCCUUUCCCGCGGACGCAGGAGGAGGAAACACCGGAGCCGCAUCAGCAAGGCUGCCCUCCGAACCAUGAUCAUGUAGAGAGAGAUGGCAACUGGGUCGACUGUGUUUGCUGGGCCCACCCAGGGUCGUGUUCAUUAGGCACCAAACGGAAGAAAACGGACUGAAACAGGGACAACAUGGAAUAAACCCUAAUUUCUUGUUUUAUAAAACGUUGUGUGCCCUAAUGAAUACUGAGGGAUACUGCUGGUUAUGGAACCUCAAGAUGGACACGGGAGACUGGGCAGCACUUCUGGACUCUACUGCUGGUUAUGGAACCUCAAGAUGGACACUGGAGACUGGCCAGCACUUCUGGACUCUACUGCUGGUUAUGGAACCUCAAGAUGGACACUGGAGUCUGGCCAGCACUUCUGGACUCUACUGCUGGUUAUGGAACCUCAAGAUGGACACUGGAGACUGGCCAGCACUUCUGGACUCUACUGCUGGUUAUGGAACCUCAAGAUGGACACUGGAGACUGGCCAGCACUUCUGGACUCUACUGCUGGUUAUGGAACCUCAAGAUGGACACUGGAGACUGGCCAGCACUUCUGGACUCUACUGCUGGUUAUGGAACCUCAAGAUGGACACGGGAGACUGGCCAGCACUUCUGGACUCUACUGCUGGCUAUGCUAACAGACAUUACUGCAGGCUGUGUAAAUCUUUGCACCCCAGAAAGUAGCAUGUAGCAUCUUUCUAUAAAAAAUCUGCUAGCUUUAUUUAAACCGUGAUAUCAAGACAAUGGACAAUCUCAGACAGAGACUCCUUAGAAAGGAGGCAGUUCUGGAUGUUUAACACUGGAAUGAGAGUGAUGUAACCUUUGAAAAAGAAGCCAAGCAAACUACAUCUCCCAUCAGCCAUUGGCUUGUAUAAUUCUAGCCUCGCCUGCUUUGAACACUGCCUACUGAUUGGACAGUUAAGGAGGGUGUUCGGCGGAUAUUAUUAGAUUGCUUGCUGCAACAGCCAUUGAUUGGUUGUUUUAGAUGCCAUGGAACACGCCCCUCUCUACAGCUUGACUAUGAUUGGUUUCUGAGAAUAGAACUGAAAUCUUAUUGGCCCAAAAUGGUGCUUGAGGCCAUCUAUUUCUAAGAGACAAUGCAAAGCUUGGAUGUGGAUAUUUUCACUGGAAUGUACUGGGUUGACAAUGGAAGCUGUUCUCAGAUAAACAAUGUUAUCCUACUGGUGUAACUGGGAUAACUGUCCUGGGAAUAUGACUGGUGUAACUGGGGAUAACUGUCCUGGGAAUAUGACUGGUGUAACUGGGGAUAACUGUCCUGGGAAUAUGACUGGUGUAACUGGGGAUAACUGUCCUGGGAAUAUGACUGGUGUAACUGGGGAUAACUGUCCUGGGAAUAUGACUGGUGUAACUGGGGAUAACUGUCCUGGGAAUAUGACUGGUGUAACUGGGGAUAACUGUCCUGGGAAUAUGACUGGUGUAACUGGGGAUAACUGUCCUGGGAAUAUGACUGGUGUAACUGGGGAUAACUGUCCUGGGAAUAUGACUGGUGUAACUGGGGAUAACUGUCCUGGGAAUAUGACUGGUGUAACUGGGGAUAACUGUCCUGGGAAUAUGACUGGUGUAACUGGGGAUAACUGUCCUGGGAAUAUGACUGGUGUAACUGGGAUAACUGUCCUGGGAAUAUGACUGGUGUAACUGGGGAUAACUGUCCUGGGAAUAUGACUGGUGUAACUGGGGAUAACUGUCCUGGGAAUAUGACUGGUGUAACUGGGGAUAACUGUCCUGGGAAUAUGACUGGUGUAACUGGGGAUAACUGUCCUGGGAAUAUGACUGGUGUAACUGGGGAUAACUGUCCUGGGAAUAUGACUGGUGUAACUGGGGAUAACUGUCCUGGGAAUAUGACUGGUGUAACUGGGAUAACUGUCCUGGGAAUAUGACUGGUGUAACUGGGGAUAACUGUCCUGGGAAUAUGACUGGUGUAACUGGGGAUAACUGUCCUGGGAAUAUGACUGGUGUAACUGGGGAUAACUGUCCUGGGAAUAUGACUGGUGUAACUGGGGAUAACUGUCCUGGGAAUAUGACUGGUGUAACUGGGAUAACUGUCCUGGGAAUAUGACUGGUGUAACUGGGGAUAACUGUCCUGGGAAUAUGACUGGUGUAACUGGGGAUAACUGUCCUGGGAAUAUGACUGGUGGAACUGGGAUAACUGUCCUGGGAAUAUGACUGGUGUAACUGGGGAUAACUGUCCUGGGAAUAUGACUGGUGUAACUGGGAUAACUGUCCUGGGAAUAUGACUGGUGUAACUGGGGAUAACUGUCCUGGGAAUAUGACUGGUGUAACUGGGGAUAACUGUCCUGGGAAUAUGACUGGUGUAACUGGGGAUAACUGUCCUGGGAAUAUGACUGGUGUAACUGGGAUAACUGUCCUGGGAAUAUGACUGGUGUAACUGGGGAUAACUGUCCUGGGAAUAUGACUGGUGUAACUGGGGAUAACUGUCCUGGGAAUAUGACUGGUGUAACUGGGGAUAACUGUCCUGGGAAUAUGACUGGUGUAACUGGGGAUAACUGUCCUGGGAAUAUGACUGGUGUAACUGGGGAUAACUGUCCUGGGAAUAUGACUGGUGUAACUGGGAUAACUGUCCUGGGAAUAUGACUGGUGUAACUGGGGAUAACUGUCCUGGGAAUAUGACUGGUGUAACUGGGGAUAACUGUCCUGGGAAUAUGACUGGUGUAACUGGGGAUAACUGUCCUGGGAAUAUGACUGGUGUAACUGGGGAUAACUGUCCUGGGAAUAUGACUGGUGUAACUGGUGAUAACUGUCCUGGGAAUAUGACUGGUGUAACUGGGGAUAACUGUCCUGGGAAUAUGACUGGUGUAACUGGGGAUAACUGUCCUGGGAAUAUGACUGGUGUACCUGGGGAUAACUGUCCUGGGAAUAUGACUGGUGUAACUGGGGAUAACUGUCCUGGGAAUAUGACUGGUGGAACUGGGAUAACUGUCCUGGGAAUAUGACUGGUGUAACUGGGGAUAACUGUCCUGGGAAUAUGACUGGUGUAACUGGGGAUAACUGUCCUGGGAAUAUGACUGGUGUAUCUGGGGAUAACUGUCCUGGGAAUAUGACUGGUGGAACUGGGGAUAACAUGAGUAAAGGGGGAUAGAACAUAUGGAUAGUGAAGCACUGAAAGGAGAAGCUCGGUGUAUGGGGAAUGCGCCCUUAGACACUGAUCUUGGGUCAGUUUAGCAUUUUCCUUGCUAAUGGUUAAUGUUAGAUUUGGUGCAGGGGAAGCUGAUCUUAGAUCUGGAGCGAGAAGCUCAGGACAUCACACACACACACACACACACACACACACACACACACACACACACACACACACACACACACACACACACACACACACACACACAGAGACA